AUGUCGUCUUUGCGAACAGAUAACAAGACUACGCCUAGAGCUAGCACAAUCCAAGUGCCACCAGAACUACAUCGGAGACAUCCCUCUAAGCCUCAUAUCACCGGCAUCAGCCACUACCAAUCUCUGUACUCGGCAUCCAUUCGCAAUUCAGAUUUAUUCUGGUCGAAACUAGCUCGAGAAUUGCUCGAUUGGGAUAAUGACUUCCAAACAGCAUGCUCUGGAGAUUUCGCAAAUGGCGAUACAGCUUGGUUUCCAGAAGGCCGACUCAACGCCUCAUACAACUGCGUCGAUCGGCAUGCCCUCAGAACACCCUCGAAACCCGCCAUCAUAUAUGAGGAAGACGCAGGUGGAGAGACUCGGGUGAUUACGUACAGUGAACUCCUCUGGAGCGUGUGCAAGCUAUCAUAUGUCUUGCAAGACAUGGAAGUAUCCAAAGGGGACACUGUUACAAUCUACAUGCCCAUGGUUCCCGAGGCUCUUAUUGCCAUGCUUGCGUGCGCGCGGAUUGGUGCGGUUCAUUCUGUUGUUUUCGCUGGCUUCUCGGCGGAAGCACUGGAAGGAAGGAUACUAGAUGCGAAGUCCAAACUCAUCAUUACAAGUGAUGAGGCCCGAAGAGCGGGAAAGACCAUUCCAAUGAAAAGUGUGGUUGACCAAGCGUUGAGUUCUUGCCCUGGAGUCACUGGAUGUCUGGUUUUCAAAAGAACUGGCAUAACUCCUACGCCUUGGACCCCCUCGCGAGAUCGGUGGUGGCAUGAAGAAGUUCAAAAAUGGCCCGACUAUAUGGCGCCUGAGGACCUACUAGCUGAGCAUCCACUGUUCCUGCUCUAUACCUCGGGGUCUACCGGAAAGCCCAAAGGUCUCAUGCAUACAACAGCCGGCUACCUCCUUGGAGCCGCUGCGACGACAAAGUAUGUUUUGGAUCUUCACGAGCAAGAUGUCUUUUUUUGUGCAGGAGAUAUUGGCUGGAUCACCGGACACACGUACAUGUGUUAUGGUCCACUACUACUUGGAUCAACAACAAUAGUUUGUGAAGGCACGCCAACAUUUCCCAGCCCCUCCAGAUACUGGAACACCAUCGAGAAACACAACGUCACACAUUUCUACACCGCACCUACAGUACUACGAUUACUGAAAAAAGCCGGUUCUGAACCAAGUUCUGAACAGGUUUCCAAGGUGAGGGUUUUGGGGUCUAUCGGAGAGCCUAUUGCCCCAGAAGUUUGGCUCUGGUAUUAUGAGUCGACAUACUUCCAAACUGAGACGGGAUGCCAUGCCCUUGCCCCACUAGCCGGAGUCACUCCCACCAAGCCUGGCUGUGCAUCUGUUCCCUUCUUCGGCAUUGACCCUGUACUUCUUGAUCCCUUCACAGGAAGUGAGAUCGUCGGUUGCAACAAGGAAGGCUAUCUUGCUUUUAGGCAACCUUGGCCAAGCAUGGCUCGCUCAGUCUGGGGUGAUCAUUCGAGAUUUAUCGAGACGUAUUUCAGCCAGUAUAAGGGCUACUACUUGACUGGUGAUGGAGCGUAUCGGGAUUCUGAGGGUGAUUAUUGGAUAUGUGGUCGCAUUGACGAUGUGAUCAACGUCAGUGGGCAUCGACUUUCUACAGCUGAAUUAGAAGCUGCGCUUUUGGAACAUCCUGCGGUCUCUGAAGCAGCUGUUGUCGGUGUACCCGACGAGAUGACAGGCCAAGCAUUGUUAUGUUUUGUCUCUGUCAAAGACAGCCACAAACAUGACAGCACACUCAACGUAACGGCCAAGUCCCAUAUCAGGAAAGCCAUUGGUGGGUUUGCGGCCCCAAAAUUCUUUAUAGUAGUUUCCGAUAUUCCUAAGACUCGAUCUGGUAAGAUCAUGCGAAGGAUUUUGAGGAAAAUCUUUGAAGGAGAGAAAGAGAACUUUGGGGAUGUCUCGACGCUCAUCAAUCCGGCCUCUAUUCAGACGGUUGUUGAGGAGGUUGAGGCGUUUAAAAAGGCAUCGAUGUUUACAUAG